AUGAAAGCUGACGUUCUUCCUCCCCCAGCAGGAGCCCUCUGCAGCCACGACUAUGACACCUGGGGGACAGGACUUGGCAACAGCUCCGCCAACACUCACAGGAGGGACUACCAACAGGUCGUCGGCAAUAUCCCGGUCGACGUCCCCUUCCCCAUCCCCAUCCCCAACGACACCGUCCUCCUGGGGACAGACGACGAGGGCGACAAGAGCACCACCCGGUUCCUGACGAUCGGGAUAUCCUCGGUGUGGCGCAAGGACGACUACCUGAACCGCACCAUCGAUUCCAUCCUGAAGGAGACGAGCGAAGGAGAGAAGAACGACAUCUUCAUCUUCCUGCUCUUGGCCGACGCCGAUCCUAACCUCAGGUCCCAGCGGGCUCUAAACCUAGGCGUGAGAUACAGCAAGGAAAUAGAAUCGGGUCUCCUGAGAGUCCUGCAACCUCCAGCCGCUCUGUAUCCCAACAUUGACUUCACAGCCAUCAGGAGAACCUACAACGAUCCCGUGUCCCGGGUCCAGUGGAGAACCAAGCAGGUGCUGGACUUUGCUUUUCUCUUCUGGUACGUGUGGACUCGCCAGCCCUCCACCUACUACUUGGUUUUGGAGGAUGAUGUCUUAAGUGCCAAACAUUUUGUGACAGCCAUCAAGGAUUUUGUAACCCUGCAUAAAAGCCAUCACUGGAUUUCUCUCCAGUUAACAGGGUUCGUGGGUAUUGGCCAUCUGCUACGCAGCAGCGAUCUAGACCGUCUGGUGUCUUUUCUUCUUUCGUUUUACCGGGAGCACCCAGUGGAUAUCCUCCUUAACCACUGGAUUUCCCUCAUGGCUCCUGAGGAACCUCCUAAAGACAGACCAACCAGGAGAGUUCCAGGACUCUUCCAGCACAUUGGCGUCCAUUCCACGUUAGUCAAUAAAAUCCAGCCUCUAAAAGAUGAUACAUUCAGGGAAGAUGCUGCUGAUUUUCUGUUUGUAGAUACUAUUGACCGUGGAGUGAAGCGAGCAGCAAGGCAUCGUCGAUUACCAUAG